GUGCAGGGAGGUGCCCGGCCCCACCUGGCGCAGCUCCUGGCUGUGAGGAGUUUGUUCUCGGGCUCUCUGCUGGUCCUCAACAGGCUCCAGGUGGAUCACGUGAGAGCCCUGAGCCAGGUGCUGUUCCUGACCCCUCACCUGCCGGCCUUCGUCCUGCGGCGCCGCCUGCGCAGCCACGUCCUGGAGAUCCGGCAGCUGGACCGCGCCCUGCUGCACCUGGGGCUGGGGCAGCUGUCCGAGGAGGAGCUGCGGGCGGCCUGUUACCUGCGUGGGCUGAACUCCACUCACCUGGGCCGGGCGCAGUGCCAGGCGUGGCUGGAGCAGUGGCUCAGGCUCUCCUGCCAGCUCCAAGCCUCGGAGGCCUCUCUGCUGGCACACAGCCUGGUCCUGCUGGCCCUGGAGCCGUGCCAGCCCCCGAGGGACAGCCCUGCGUGACCGGAGGGUGACAGGGUGGCACCUGUCCGUCCUCCCCCCAGCUGGUACUGCCGCAGUGACUCAGAGGUGACAGGGUGGCACCUGUGUGUCAUCCCCUCCAGGUGGUACUGCCAUGGUGCCCUGAGUGAGCGGGCAGUGACAGGUGACACCUGCACGUCCCCCCCGGACUGUGCUGCCAUGGUGCCCUGCAUGACCAGAGGGGUGACAGGGUGGCACCUGUGUGUGCCCUCUCCAGACUGUGCUGUGACAGUGACCCAGGGAGGGUGGCACCUGCCUGUUCCCCCACCCCAACUGGUGCUGCCACAGUGCCCUGAGUGACCCGGGGGGUGACAGGGUGGCACCUGCGUGUCCCACCCCCACCAGACCGUGAUGCCAUGGUGCCCUGUGUGACCCAGGAGGUGAUAGGUGGCACCUGCGUGUCCCCCCCAGACCGUGCCACCAUGGUGCCCCCAGUGACCCGGCAGUGACAGGGUGGCACCUGCGUGUCCCCCCCAGACUGUGCUGUGACAGUGACCCAGGGUGGCACCUGCGUGUCCCCACCCCAGCCCGGGCUGUGCCCCCACUGUGCAGCCCCUGGCACAGUUGGCACAGCUGGCACAGGCGGUGGCUGUGCUGGUCAGUAAUUAACUGUGUCUCGUUAAUUGUGGGGAGAGAGAGCGGCUCCCAGAG